GAAAGAGGAAAGACAGAGAGAGAGAGAAAUUGGGAAAGGAAGGGCUUGGGGGUUUGUAGGUUGUUUCGUCGACAAUAUUUGGCUCUACUGCUUGCAUUUGCUUGAUUUUCUCUGUGUGGUUUGGCUUUGCUUUCCCUGUCCAUAAGAUUUUGGUUUGUUUCUAUUUUCUUCUUGUCUACCCUUUGGUUUUCCCUGACCAUGACCUUGGAUGGGUGUUGUGGCGAUUUUCUUUAUUGUGUUGUUGGAUCUUGUUUUCUUUUGUGCAGUUUGCUCUACUCUUGGCUUCUAGUGUGUAUGUGCAACAUUGAUAACUUGGAACUACAUUACUAUGUCUAGUGACUACUGCUCCUCCUGUAAGCUAUUGUUAGGUUGAGAGCUCUGCCGCGUCUCUUCCCUGGGUUGGCCUUUCCAGACGUAGUCGGUGUUCUGCUUUCAGCGAUUAUAGCAGUACUCGGUGCUGGUAUGGAACGAUGCUUGCAUUGUUUGAUUUGGAUUUUCUUUGGACAUUUGAAAGUGCAUCACUAUUGCAUGGUAAAAAAAAAAUACAGUUGCAGUCACAACCGACCAAAGAAAAGGUUGAGUGUCACCGCCGUAUCGUCAUAAUUCAUUCAUUUGCGCAGCUUGCUUUUGCGUACCUCUCCACAACGCACUGCUGCUUCUUAUCCCUAUCAACAACAUCGGGAAAAUCUCCUCUUCUUCCUGCAGCCACUCUUGAUAUCUUCUCCAUGUCGUCAGCAGGCAGCUCGAUGAAGUCGCCACCGGUCGCCAAGAAGGUGAAUCAUGUGAUGGAGUUAUUUGGAGAUGUUAGAGUGGAUCACCAUUACUGGCUCCGCGACGACUCUCGCUCCAAUUCUGAGAUCCUUUCCCACCUGAAAGAGGAGAAUGCUUACACCGACUCAUACAUGGCCGGAACCAAACAAUUUGAGCAGCAGCUUUUCACGGAAAUAAGAGGGCGAAUCAAGGAGGAUGAUAUUUCUGCACCCAGAAGAAAAGGGCCUUACUACUACUAUACAAGGACUUUGGAAGGGAAGGAGUAUGUUCAGCAUUGCCGGCGCUUCAUACCUAAUAAUGAAGUUCCACCUACAGUCCACGAUGUAAUGCCAACCGGACCUAACGAUCCCCCCGAGCACGUUAUACUGGAUGAGAAUGUCAAGGCUCAUGGACAUGAAUAUUACAGCAUUGGUGCUUUCAGGGUUAGCCCGAGUCAUAAAUUGGUUGCGUAUGCAGAAGACACCAAGGGAGAUGAAAUUUACACUGUCUAUAUCAUUGAUGUAGAGACUCGAGCUCCUGUUGGGAAGCCUCUAACAGGUGCAACAUCUUCUCUUGAGUGGGCUGGUAAUGAUUUUUUGGUUUACGGCACAAUGAAUGACGUACAUCGGGCUGAUAAGGUGUGGCUGCACAAGUUGGGGACAGAUCAAUCAAGUGACUCUUGCCUUUAUCAUGAGAAGGAUGAAAAAUUUUGUGUGGAACUUCAAGCUUCAGAGGAUGAAAAGUAUUUGUUUAUAAUGUCUGACGGCCGAAAUACGAGGUUCGGCUCAUACAUUGAUGUUUCCAUGCCUGAAGAUGGUGCCAAGGUUUUGACACCUCGUGUAGAUGGCAUUGAUAUAUCACCCAGCCACCGUGGAAAUCAUUUCUUUAUUCGAAGGAGAACUGAUGAACUUUUCAAUUCAGAGCUCCUAGCCUGUCCUGUGGAUGAUGUCUCUGCAACUACAGUUCUUAUUCCUCAUAGGGAAAGUAUAAAAAUUUGGGAUGCACAACUCUUUGCUGACCAUCUGGCCGUGUAUGAGCGUGAAAAUGGUCUGCCCAAAAUAACAGUAUACCACCUCCCAGCUGUUGAUGAGCCACUCACAAGCCUUAAAGGUGGUCGGGUUGUUGACUUCAUUGACCCUGUAUAUUGUGUGGAUUCAGAGGAAUCAGAGUUUUCUUCCAGCAUUUUGAGGUUUUCCUAUAGCUCAUUAAGGACACCUUGGUCUGUGUACGAAUAUGAUAUGAACACAGGAAUUUCUGUUUUGAAGAAGAUCGACACAGUCAUGGGGGGUUUUGAUUCAUCUAAUUAUGUUACUGAAAGAAAAUGGGCCACGGCUUCAGAUGGCACACGGAUUCCUUUAUCAAUUGUUUACCGGAGGGAUCUGGUGAAACUUGAUGGGUCUCAUCCAUUACUGCUUCAUGGCUAUGGUUCAUACGAGAUGAGCAUAGAUCCCACAUUCAGGACAUCAAGGUUGUCUUUAUUGGAUCGUGGUUUUAUCUAUGCAAUAGCUCAUGUUCGUGGAGGUGGUGAAAUGGGGAGGCAGUGGUACGAGAAUGGGAAGUUGUUGAAGAAAAAAAAUACUUUCACAGAUUUUAUUACUUGUGCAGAGUAUUUAAUAGAACAGAAGUAUUGCUCAAAGGGAAAAUUGUGCAUUGAUGGAAGGAGUGCAGGGGGGUUGCUUAUUGGUUCUGUUCUUAACAUGAGGCCUGAUUUGUUCAAGGCAGCUAUUGCCGAAGUACCUUUUGUGGAUGUUCUGACCACCAUGCUUGACCCUAGUAUCCCUCUUACAACUGAAGAAUGGGAGGAAUGGGGAGACCCUCGUGAGGAGGAGUUCUACUUCUAUAUAAAGUCAUAUUCUCCUGUUGAUAAUGUUAAGCCUCAAAAUUAUCCCCAUGUCCUUGUUACAACUGGCUUACAUGAUCCACGAGUUAUGUAUUCAGAACCUGCAAAAUUUGUGGCAAAGCUGAGGGACAUGAAAACUGAUGAGAAUGUGGUGUUGUUCAAAUGUGAACUCUGCGCUGGGCAUUCUUCCAAGUCUGGAAGAUUUGAGACGCUUCAAGAAGAGGCAUUUACUUAUACAUUUCUGAUGAAGGUCCUUGAUAUGAUUCCUGAUGUUGGUGCUGGCCAGAAUUGAUGAACUUGUUUACUGUGCAAAAUUCAGUAUACCCCAUCCUUGGCGAACGAUAUUAGUAGCAUCCAUGCAGUUCUUCUGAUUUGCAAGUCCUUUUUGAGCGUAUCCCAAAAUAUGUUCCUGUCUCUAGGAAUUCUGGACUUGAAUACUGGUAUGAUUUUCUUAAUGUAAUGUACGUUUGUGUGGUAGUUGUUGAAAUUGAAGACGACGUAUUAUACCAA